AUGGCAACAACGUUCGGGAGCCUGGGCGAGCCGGCGGACAAGACGCAGAACAACGUGGCCACCGCGGCGGCUAGGCCGCGGCACCGGCGGAGUCGGAGUCGAGUCGAGGGCCGGGGCGCCACCGACGAGGUCCGGCUCAGCGCUGACGUCACUGCGACUGACGUCUCCCUCGGCGGGCGACGCGAGCGACGACCGAGCAGCUCCACCAGGGACCCGUCGACCUCCCGACAGCCGUCGAUACCGGCGCCAUGCGGAGGCCUGACCGACCGGUCGCCCACUCCGCGCGUAGCCCCGCUCGACCUGACCCGCCCACGCCCGCUGCCCAAUUGGGUCGACGAUCAUAGUGUGGGCGACGAGCCCGGUGCCGGCAAUGACGGUGCGCCCAAGAGCGGAGGCCGCAAGAGUUCGCUGCUGGACAAGAUGGCGCACCUGCUUCUGAGCCCCGGCCGGCGCCAGCGUGACGGCCAGAGCGCGACCGAGCAGACAGCGACAGCGCUCGGGGCCGGGGCUGCGGGCGGCAGCCGAUCGCAGCAGGGCAGCCGGCGGCCGAGCAACAGCAGCCUCAGCGAUAGUGGCGACAGCGCGCCGGUCGCAACCCAGCUGAGCGACAGCGCGGGGAGUAACAAGACGCGGACGCCGCGGGAGCGCGGGCGGAAGGACAGCGCCGCGGCGGCGGCUGAGGAGCGAAACCAGGCCGGCGCUGGCGCAGAGCGGAGCAGGUCGGCGUCGGCGAGCGGCGACGAUGUGGCAGACGGGGCCGUCAGCCACGGCGCGCCGCCAGGCCUGCAGCAGGCCGAGCCAGCCAAGCGAGAGGCUGGCGGCAUCGGAGGGCCAGACACUGCGCACGACCUGCCGACGGACGAGGCCGUCAUCGCACCCAAGCGACGCGCCGUCAUGGCCCUCCGCAAACGAUUCAACACCGGGCCGAGUCCAUUGGGCGAACCGGCCCUGAGGCGAACCGAGAAGUCCAAGCAGCUCAAGCAGCAGGCCGGCGCCUGGGUCUCGAACCGGGCCAGCGACCCGCUCAGCCUCGACGACUACCCCUCAACCACCAGCACCGACGGCGGGCUCGGCCCCAGCGGCCGCAGCGGCCGCAGCGCCAGCAACCCCAACGUGUCGCGGUCGGAGAUGAUGAAGGUCAAGUGGGGCGACUGCACCCGCGACAAGCUCGACCUCGAGGACCAGUCAUCGUCACCGUCGUCGCCACGGAACGGCGGCGGCGGAGUGGAGGAGCUGGACAUGGUGCGGGGCAUUGGGGUGGGCAACGCGAUAGGGAUGGGCACGGUGCUGGUGCGGGACGAGAUCCAAUCCGACGCGCGCGAGCCGACAACCGACGCGGCGGGCUCGCCGCUGCCUCGUCGCGUGCUACGCUCGUCGUCGCAGAACGCGCGGCUCCACAGCGUGCUGGACCAGCCCUCGUUCCUGCGCCAGGCCUCGCCGAUCACGCUGGAGCAGGUGUUGCGCAACACGUCGAUGCGGAGGAUCUUCCACCAUCACGUCGAGAAGACCUUCUGCGCCGAGAACAUUGAAUUCUACGUCGCCGUGCAUCGCUACAAGAAUUUGUUCCCCAAUGCCAUGCAGGAGGGUGCGAUGGACACGAUCAAACAGUCGGCCGAGCACAUCUACUCCACCUUCAUGGCCCCGGAGGCGCCCAAGCAAAUCAAUGUGGACGUCACGAUGGGGCGGAAUGUGAAGGCCAAGCUGGACAACCCCACCAAGGAGAUGUUCGACGAGUCGCAGCGGGCCAUUCAGGAGCUCGUGCACUGCUCGAUCCUGCCCAAGUUCUAUCAGUCGACCGAAUUCAGGACCACCGCCGAAUUCGAGGAGGUGAAACAAGCGCUGGCGCUGGAGAACGAGAAGCUGCAACGGAUGCUGGCGAGCCUGAGCGAGCAGCGCAAUCGCAUCGCCCUGCUCGAGCAGAAGCGGGCCAUGCUCCACCAGUACUACAACAAUUUUGAAGAAACCGCCGCCGAACUUUCCAGGAAGCGACGUGAGAAGGAGCUGCGGCUGCUGAGUGAGAUGGGUUCGGCCUACGACGCACCGGCCGUGCGGGGCCGCGAGGCCGCGGGCGGGAAGGAGGCCCAGAGCGGAGGAGCCCCGGCAGAGCAGCAGCAGGAGAAGGGCCUGCCCGCCCUGCGCCGCUGGGCGCUGUGGUCCGACCAGGCCAAGCCCUACACGUCGCCCCUCGACCACCUCCUCAGCAUCGAAGUGAUCGAAGCCAAGGAUCUGGUGGCGCGAGACAAGCGCGGGUUCAGCAACCCGUACGUGGUGGUCAAGUACGGGAAGCAGAAGUGCACCACCCGCACUGUAUUUAAGAACCUCAACCCGCGCUGGCGCGAGCACUUCCUCUUUAAUGUAAAGCAAGAGGAGGCUCAUAAGCUGUGGCUCACGGUGUGGGACUACAACGUCAUCGGCUCCGGCGAAUUUUUGGGGUGCUUGAGCUUUGCGUCGCCGAAGCUCUUCAUCAACAGCAGCGACCGCUGGUGGACCCUCGAGGCCCGCAAGGACGGUGAACUCGUCAGCGGCAAGAUUCGGCUCAUCCUCCACUUCCGCAAGCAAAUGGACCGGGACGAGGAGCUGGAGCUGGAGCUGCAGAAGGUGCGCAGCGCCAUCCGCGAGGAGAUGGCCACCCUCCAGAAGACCUCCGGGCCGGGCGGCCUCUGGGCCGGCCGACCACCGAACCAGAAGGACGACGGCGCCGGCGGGGCGGCGGCCCCGAAGGACCAGGUCGAGAAGCUCGUGCGGACUCUCAACGAGCGACGGCAGAAGCUCGAGAAGGAGGUGGUCGACCGCAACCGGGAGCGAGGAGAGUCAUCAUCGCCGCCGUCGACAUCGUCGUCAUCGUCGUCAUCACUUUCAUUGUCGUCUUCGUCUGGUCCAUCGUCAUCGUCAUCGUCGUCAUCGCUCGACAGCAGCAACGACAAGGGCCGAACCGAUUCGCUGUCUUGA